UCCACCACCUCUUCUCUCAGCUUCUCCAUCAGAGACGAUCGACGACUCUGUCGGUCAUCACAGCGUGUCCUCCGUGUUCUCCGUCAGACGAGCACUCGAAACCCACCGAGAGGACAGCAUGAUUUGGACGCUGAUUACUGUCAGAAGAGGACAGCAUGAUUUGGACGCUGAUUACCGUCAUAAGAGGACAGCUCUCCCACCAAACUCUCUCUUCAAUUCUUCUAUUUUAGAUAACUUCAGUCCACGACUUGAAUUACUUGUAUCAGAUGCUGUGAAGAGGCAGAUGACUAAGGACGAUGAAAAGCAUCAAAAGAUUUCAGCCUGACGUUACCAUAUCAUGGAGAGACUAUUUCAUUAGAGGAAGGAGAGCUACUUGUGCUGCUUACAGAUGGUAGAAAGCUAAUGGGAACACUCUGUUCUUUUUGAUCAAUUGAGAAGAAGAGGAAGCCCGUCUCUAAGCUUGUAGCCGGAGCUAUGGCUUCUCCUGCCGCUGCUGCAGUCGUCGCUAGUGCUCAUCAGACACCUGUGAGCUCUGUUGGUGGUGGCGGUGACAGUCUUCUUGACCCGAGGUCCAAGCAAAACAGACCAACGGGAUUGAUGAUUACACAGCCACCGGGAAUGUUCACCGUGCCUCCGGGACUAAGUCCGGCGACGCUUCUGGACUCUCCCAGUUUCUUUGGUCUGUUUUCACCCAUUCAGGGAUCAUUUGGUAUGACACACCAACAAGCUUUAGCACAAGUCACUGCACAAGGCAAUACUGUCCAGAUUCAGUCAGGAUCAUCUACACAACAACAAACAUCAGUGACCGAGGUUCCAUCGUUACCAGCACCGGUUCAAGAUUCGUUGCAAGCUCAGAGAGUUGACUCUGCAGUAUCAGUCUAUGAGAAUCGGUCGCAGCCUCAGAAUGCUGAUAAACCAGCUGGUGAUGGAUACAACUGGCGGAAAUACGGGCAGAAGCAAGUCAAAGGUAGCGAUUUUCCUCGGAGUUAUUACAAGUGUACGAAUCCUGCGUGUCCUGUCAAGAAGAAAAUCGAGAGGUCUGUCGAUGGACAAGUAACGAAAACCAUUUACAAGGGUCAGCACAAUCACGAGCCUCCACAAAACAAUAAGCGUGGUGGCGGGAACAAUAACGGGAGUUCUGAAAGUUCUGAUAUUGCAAAUCAGUUUAAGACCAGUAAUAACAGUCUCAACAAGAGUAAGAGAUACCAGGAAACAAGUUAGGUCACAACAACAGAACAGAAGUCUGAAGCAAGUGAUUCCAAGGACUUUCAUAUUUAGUUAAUAUGGAAAGUAAGGCUGCAGUGACUGCUUUUGGCUCAGGAUAUGAUGUUUUAUGAGUGAGAAGAGAAUAGAUUAAGUUUGGUAUGCUGAUUCCAGCCUUUUCUCUUGUCACCAUAGUGUGAGUAUUGAUGGCAGAUGGAGAGGAUACUAGGAAAGCAACAGAUUGAGCUACAUCAGAUGUAUCCGUUUCUUGAGAAGAGUGAGUCAAAUCAGGAUCAUAACUGUAGGUGAAGAUAUCAAAUUUUUUCUUGUUUGAGAAGUCAAAGGAUUGUCACUACGAGAAACAAGGUCAUUGAUUGUUUCUUGACCAGAACAUUCAGGUAACACUGCACCAGACAUAUUACUAUGUUGAAAAGCAAUUGAAGACCUUGAGAGUGCUUCAGUAAAGAGAGAAAGAUCAGAGGAAGCUACUGAAAGAAAUUAGUGUGGUUGUUGUUCAAAAGACAAGUGUUUCCUUGUUAUUGUAAAUGAUAAAUGACUUUUCAGGAGAUAAAAAAACAUUUAUCAAGUACAAAAAUUCUGUUUAUAUCAACUAUCAAGUUACA